AUGGGAGUUUGUGCAUCUAAAAGCGAUCCAAAGAAAGUAAAGAAACAAAAGCCGUAAUCUGUAACCAUACCUCCUCAGUAGACUCUUACUACUAGAGAACACAAAACGACUACAAUAUAAUUUUAAGAGCCCAGUACGAUUCAACGAGGUACCACAUCACUUCAUCGUGCUUCUCCUAAUCAAUCAAUAACUCCUAUCUAAAAAGUGUCAUAAAAUAAUGUAACCACUCCUGUUCAACGAGUGUCUCCUUCUAAUCAUCCAACCCCAAAGACUAUGAUCAUCUAAUCAACACAAUUACAAGAAAGAAGCAGAAACGGAUCUAUGUUGAAUAUUCCUUAGCAAAGAUUGAGCACAAAGCCAGGUUCAAAGUCCAUUCAAUCUCCAGCCUCCAGAAACUAUUCUGUUGUCUCUAGAUAAAAUCACAAAAGCCAAAGCAAAACAGUGAUGUAACAUAACGAGACUGGACAAUUGGUGUUGGUAGAAAUGAUCAAAUUUGAAAACAGGAGUCAACAAUUUAUUGACAUGUUAGAAGAACUACGAUUGGAUCAAAUGAAUAUAGUUAAAAUAUUAGAUAUUCACAUGGAUUCACAUAAAAGAAAUCAUCAAGUUGUUUAUGAACAUUGCCAAGGUGGACACCUUUCUAAGUUUCUAGAUUCAAACUAAUUGGAAUACUAAACCAUCGGGUCCAUGUUUUAUCAAAUGGUAGAAGCCUUGGCAUAUGUUCAUUCAUUAGGUUACAGUCACGAUGAAUUGACUAUUGAUAGUUUCUCAGUCUUCGAUGAUUCUUCUACGCCCUUCAUCAAAUUAUCAGAAAUUAGAAGCAUCUACUAAUUUAUGUAUCCUAAGAAUUCUCUUCUUUAUGAACCACCUAAUUCCCCUAAUCAUCAUCAUCAUCACAAAGAUUACAAAGAUCACUCUAAACCUUAAAAUAUCUAAACUAAAAACAGGAGCUAAUCCAAUGAUAUCUGGGCACUGGCUAUUAUUGUUUUGUAAUUACUUACUCAUAAAUUUCCUUUUGAAAUUGAAGAAAUCCAUAAAUUCAAAGCAGAAGAAGUUUAUGCUGAACAAGAAUAGGACAUCUAUCCUUUAUUAAUAGAAAUGCUUCACCAUAAUCCAAAUGAGAGAAUCACUCUUGAGAAAUGUUUACUUCAUCCAUAUCUUAUUAAAAUGAAAUAGGUUCAACCCAAAGAUUACAUUAUGCCAUUCACCAACAUCAUCAAAUGCAAGAAUAUGACUUAUCUACACAAAUGUCUAUUUCGAUAUCUUUUAACUUUAUAUGCAUCAGAUCACUUAAAAGUACUUAAUAAGCUAUUUACUACUGCAGACCUCAACAAAGAUGGUUCAUUAAGUGAAGAUGAAUUACAGCCUCUCCUAAAUGAGUAACCACAGGAAUAUUCUCUUCAGAUAUCCGACUUUGUUAACAUAACUUAAGAAGAAUUCCUUUUAUUUGCAGCCGAUAAGCAGUAAGUGCUUACUCAGGAUUGCCUUACAUUAAGCUUCAAGGCGUUGUCCAAAUCCUAAAACAUAAUAACUCCAAAGUUGAUUUGCAAAGUUAUUACCGAUUGCAACGAAGAAUAACUCUAAUAGGAUUUCGAUACUUAUAACUUAAAUUAUACAGUAAAAUUUACCAAAAUAUCAUAUUAGCUCUAAUAAAAAGAAUAUGAAACAUUUCUAAUCAAUUACUAAUCUCCCUAACCUAUUGUUUGA